CUUCCACAUCAUCAACCAAACCAGAAAACCCCAGAAAACCGAACCCAAGCCAACCAAACUACAUCCAAGGACAUGGAAGGCAAUCGGGAUGAAGCUCAACGUGCCUUCAAACUCGCCCAAUCUCUGCAAUCCACCGACCCGAUCAAAUCACUCAAGUUUGCCAAGAAAGCCUGUGCACUGUAUUGGAGUCCAGAGGCAGCAGCAUUAGUCAAAACACUAGAGACUGGAGAAGGCCCUUCGACUACGACUACUCAAAACCCAACAGCCACCUCAACUGCAACCAAUACAUCAUCAUCAUCAGCAACAAAGAGAUCCACCCAACCUUCGACCCCUAAACCAAGCUCAAGUAACAAGAACCCAACCUCAGAACAAACACCUCCCACCUACAAACCUGCUCAACUCGAACUAGUCAAAAAAGUCAGACGCCACAAGAUCACUCAGUACUACGAAAUACUCGAGCUUAAACGAGAGGCCGAUGAAUCUCAAAUCAAAUCUGCUUAUCGCAAGUUGGCACUUGCUCUCCAUCCCGACAAAAACAACGCACCAGGCGCAGACGAAGCCUUCAAAAUGGUCUCAAAAGCCUUCCAAGUCUUAUCAGAUCCUGACAAACGAGCCGCCUAUGAUCGACACGGAGCAGACCCAGACUCAAGAUCAGCAGGAGUACCGAGCAGUUCACCCUUUGGCGGCGGCGGCGGCGGAGGAGGAGGAGGUAUGCAUUUCUCGCACGAGGAUGCAAUCGACCCCGACCAAUUAUUCAGGAUGUUCUUCGGAGGCGGUGGCUUCGAUCAUCCGGGCAUGCAAUUCGGCGGCGGCCCAACGGUCUUCCAAUUCGGUGGCGGCGGACGGACUACUUUCCGAAGGGCCGGCUUCAACCGUCGCCAACAGCAACAGCAGAACCCAAAUGAGCCCGAAGUUCGACCGGCAUCAACCUGGAUUAGCUUACUGCCCAUCAUCUUGUUCUUCGUCGUCUCCCUCAUCCAAUCCUUCCCUUCCCUCUUCUCCUCUCCAUCCACCCCCGAUCCUUCCUUCUCGUGGAAUCCUAGCACUGUUUACCCCAUCCAACGGGUCACCCACACCUCACCAGGUGUUACUUAUUUCGUUAACCCGGUAGAAUUUGCUAGCCAUCCAUUAUGGGAGCAGUAUCUGAAAGCGAACCCGGGACUGAGUGGGACGAGUGAAACAACAAAUGAAGAGAAGACAAUGGAAGAGAACAAGCAGACAUUGCUCCAAGACCUCAUCAACGAGUCCCGCCAGCUAGUCGAGAAGAGAAAGGCAAACCAACGGCAGUACCUUGUCAUCCCUAAGGAGUUCAAGAGGUUCGAGCUGGAGAUCGAGAACUCGUGGGUCAGGAAGCUGAAGUACGAGUGUCAGAACGCCAGAGCACAUCGAGACGCUAGGAGACGAGAGUUGAUGGGUUUCUUAGGUAUCGGGUCCGAUUGGGAAGCAAUUAAGAAGUUGGAAGCCGAGCUCAUCCCGGCCUGUGAAGGCUUGAAAGCAAUGGGAUAUGUGAUCGAUUGAUGAAAGAAAAUCAGAGAGAGAGAGAGAGAACAGACAAAAAAACACUUGUAAAAACGACUACUUGAAAAUAUAGACAACAGUUCUCUAUCCUUCUUCCUUAAAUCAUAUAUAUCC